UCAACAACACCGCCGCCAUGCCUCAAAAUGAGUAUAUGGAACGCUUCACCAAGCAGCAUGGUCGUCGCCUUGACCAUGAGGAGCGAACACGCAAACGAGCCGCCCGUGAGGUCCACCACGCAUCCGACAAGGCACAGAAUCUGCGCGGUCUACGAGCGAAAUUGUACCAACAGAAGAGGCACAAGGAGAAGAUUCAGAUGAAGAAGCAGAUCAAACAGCAGGAGGAGAAGAACGUCAAAUCCUCGGAGCCCGCACAGCCAUCUACCACUCCGCUUCCCGGAUACCUGCUCGACCGUAGCAACACCACCAACGCAAAGGCGCUCAGUUCGGCGAUCAAAAACAAGCGAAAUGAGAAGGCGGCAAAGUUCAGCGUACCACUGCCAAAGGUGCGAGGCAUCAGUGAGUCGGAAAUGUUCAAGGUGGUCAAGACUGGAAAGAAGACGGCCAAGAAGAGCUGGAAGCGCAUGAUCACAAAGCCGACUUUCGUCGGACCGGAUUUCACACGAAGACCUGUCAAAUACGAGCGUUUCAUUCGACCCAUGGGUCUGCGCUACAAGAAGGCCAACGUCACUCACCCAGAGCUCGGUGUGACAGUGCAACUGCCCAUCAUCAGUGUGAAGAAGAACCCGCAAAAUCCAAUGUACACACAACUUGGAGUGUUGACGAAGGGUACCAUCAUCGAGGUUAACGUCAGCGAACUCGGAUUGGUGACUGCUGGAGGAAAGGUCGUUUGGGGUCGCUGGGCGCAGAUCACAAACAGCUGCGAGAAUGACGGUUGUGUCAAUGCUGUUCUCUUGGUCUGA